CGGAUCCAAGAUGGCGGACGAUCGGCGGGAGCUGAUCCCGUGAAAAGGCCCCGCGGCCGCCGCCCCCCUCCCCCAACCCGCAAGCGGCCAAUCGAGGCUCGGGGCGCUCAUGGUGAUAUUUCAAAAUCUUAUCACAAAAUACAACCCAAACAUCGAGCCAAGAUCUUGGAGAGUCAUUCAGUUCAUCAGUUACCGAAUAUCGUCAGCUUUUGAACAUGGAAGGGGGACCAUUUGUCUUCCCCGUGGGAGCAUUUCAAACGUCAGUAUGAUUGGAAAAGCACCGAGACAUGCACGUUCCGCUGAGACUGUUCCGAUGGACUAGCUUCAACUAGUCUGAAAAAUACAUCACACCAUUCCCCGUGAAGAGAACUAUCCCGUGUGCCUGGGCGAGGACUCUCAACUGCUCCAGCAUGGAGAGACCCGAGGGCGCCCCCAUCCUGGAGAAACCGUGGAAAUGUGGGGACUGUGGGAAGGGAUUCCGAACUCCGUCCGAGCUGGAGAUUCAUCGGCGCAGUCACACCGGCGAGAAGCCAUUCGCCUGCUUUGAGUGUGGGAAGGGAUUCUCCCGGUUAUCUCAACUGACUGAACACCAGCGGGUUCACACUGGGGAGAAGCCAUUCACCUGCACCGGCUGUGGGAAGGGAUUCACUUGUUUGAGUAACCUCACUUCGCACCAACUGGUUCACACCGAGACGAGGCUUUAUAAAUGUCCUGACUGUGAGAAGAGCUUCAAGAGCACGAGGGACCUCCUGAGACAUCGGUACGUCCACUCCAGUCAGAGGCCGUUCUGCUGCUCCGUCUGCGGGAAGGGCUUUACUCGGUCGUCCAGCCUGGUCAGACACCAGCGGGUCCACACCGAGGAGCGGCCUUUCCCCUGCGUGACGUGUGGGAAAAGGUUCACCCGGUCCUGUACCCUGCAGAGACACCAACAAAUUCACACCGCGCGGAACCCGUUUGUCUGCUCGGAGUGCGGGAAGGGGUUCACUGAGCUGUUCCAACUGCUGAGGCACCAGCGAAUUCACACGGCCGCGAGGCCGUUCAUCUGUUCGGAAUGCGGGAAGGGAUUCAUUCAGUCGUUUGAACUGCUGAGACACCGACGGGUUCACACCGGGGAGAGGCCUUUUAUCUGCUCUGAGUGUGGGAAGGGAUUCACUCAGUCCUCUCAUCUGCUGAGACACCAGCAAGUUCACGAGUGAUUCUUCCUAUCAAUGGUAUUCAAGACUGGACUAUGGGGCCUGUUCCUUCGACGGUUAAUCACCGCUAUGAUUAAAAUGUUGCCGUGUAUUAAGUGUGACGACUGUUUCCAACUUGUACGUUGUGUAUUUGAGUGGAGCAACUGGAGCGUCGGAGGCUGAGGGAUGACCUUGUAGAGGUUUACAAAAUUAUGAGGGGCAUGGAUAGGAUAAAUAGUCAAAAGUCUUUUCCUUGGGGUGGGGGAGUCCAGAACUAGAGGGGCAUAGGUUUAGGGUGAGAGAGGGAAAGAUAUAAAAGGGACCCAAGGGGGAACUUUUUCACACAGAGGGUGGUGGAGUGAGCCGCCAGAGGAAGUGGUGGAGGCUGCAACAUUUAAAAGGCAUCUGAAUGUGGUUUUUGAAUAGGAAGGGGUUGGAGGGAUAUGGGUCGGGUGCUGGCAGGUGGGACUAGAUUGGGUUGGGAUAUCUGGGUCAGCAUGGACGGGUUGGACCGAAAGGUCUGUUUCCAUGCUGUACCUCUCUGUGACUCUAUAACUGUCGUCCUUGCUGUAAUGUCGUGUUAAUGGGAUACGGCAACAAACGAGUCACAUUUUACUUUCCCAACUGUGGUCAGAGCAGUGUGGGACAGGUGUGGAUGAGGCUCGAGGACCUGAAGGACUCAGGCAGGAGGAACCAGGUGUGGAACCUGCUGGUGAGGUAGGAGGAGAAAAAAGCCAGAAAAUAAGGGCAGAGAGGUCAGACUACUCAGGAACUACUAGCAGAUGCAGUGUAGAAGCCUCUUCAGUCCUGCCUUACAGCCAGAGGGGGGCUAGGUUCAAGUUGAGAAACAAUUGACACUUCAGGUGAUGGCAUAUAACCUGACAGAGUGUGUGAGCCCGUUCUCCCUGUGUAAUCCCACUGCUGCCUGAGCAGUGUGUGGGUAUUUGCGAUGAAACACAAGUGACGACAGCCUUCCAGUAAGACCAGCCUGCAGCAUCAAGUGAGAGCAAAUGGAUAAUAUCCCCAUUUGGCAGGGAGGGACUGGGUGGUGUUGUAGAACUGAGAGACCGAGGGGUUCAGGUACAUAACUCUUUGCAUCACACAUAGACAGGGUGGUUAAGAAGGCACUUAGCACUCCUUUGAGUGUAGGAGUUGGGAACGUCACGUUGCAGUUGUACAGGACGUUGGUGAGGUCUCCUCUGCCGUACUGUGUCCAGUUAUCGCCCCUGUUAUCGGAAGGAUAUUAUUCAGUUGAAGAGAUGUGUCAGGAUGUUGCCGGGGACAGAGAGUUUUGAGCUAUAAGGAGACGCUGAAUGAGCUGGGAUCUUUUUCACUGCAGCGUGGGAGGUGAAUCUCAAGAGUCUUUUCCCUAGGG